AUGCGUGAAAUCGUUCACCUUCAGACCGGUCAGUGUGGUAACCAAAUUGGUGCUGCUUUCUGGCAGACCAUCUCUGGUGAGCACGGCCUUGACGGCUCUGGCCACUACAAUGGCUCCUCCGAUCUCCAGCUGGAGCGUAUGAACGUCUAUUUCAACGAGGCCAACGGCGACAAAUAUGUUCCUCGUGCCGUUCUGGUCGAUCUCGAGCCCGGUACCAUGGACGCUGUCCGUGCCGGUCCCUUCGGCGAGCUCUUCCGUCCCGACAACUUCGUCUUCGGCCAGUCUGGUGCUGGUAACAACUGGGCCAAGGGUCACUACACCGAGGGUGCCGAGCUGGUCGACCAAGUUAUCGAUGUCGUCCGUCGCGAGGCCGAAGGCUGUGACUGCCUCCAGGGCUUCCAGGUCACCCACUCUCUCGGUGGUGGUACCGGUGCCGGUAUGGGUACCCUUCUGAUCUCCAAGAUCCGUGAGGAGUUCCCCGACCGUAUGAUGGCAACUUUCUCUGUUGUUCCCUCCCCCAAGGUGUCCGACACUGUCGUUGAGCCUUACAACGCUACUCUCUCCGUUCACCAGCUCGUUGAGCACUCCGAUGAGACCUUCUGUAUCGACAACGAGGCUCUGUACGACAUUUGCAUGCGCACCCUUAAGCUCUCCAACCCCUCCUACGGUGACCUGAACCACCUGGUCUCCGCCGUCAUGUCCGGCGUCACCACUUGCCUUCGUUUCCCUGGACAGCUCAACUCUGAUCUGCGCAAGCUGGCCGUCAACAUGGUUCCCUUCCCUCGUCUGCACUUCUUCAUGGUCGGCUUCGCUCCUCUGACCAGCCGUGGUGCUCACUCUUUCCGUGCCGUCUCCGUUCCCGAGUUGACCCAGCAGAUGUUCGACCCCAAGAACAUGAUGGCUGCUUCGGACUUCCGCAACGGACGUUACCUCACCUGCUCUGCCAUUUUCCGUGGUAAGGUCUCCAUGAAGGAGGUCGAGGACCAGAUGCGCAACAUCCAGUCCAAGAACCAGAGCUACUUCGUUGAGUGGAUUCCCAACAACAUCCAGACCGCUCUCUGCUCCAUUCCCCCCCGUGGCCUCAAGAUGUCCUCCACCUUCAUUGGUAACUCCACCUCCAUCCAGGAGCUGUUCAAGCGUGUCGGUGAUCAGUUCACUGCUAUGUUCCGUCGCAAGGCUUUCUUGCACUGGUACACUGGUGAGGGUAUGGACGAGAUGGAGUUCACUGAGGCUGAGAGCAACAUGAACGAUCUGGUCUCCGAAUAUCAGCAGUACCAGGACGCCUCCAUCUCCGAGGGUGAGGAGGAAUACGGCGAGGAGGAGCCCCUUGAGGCUGAGGAGUAA